CGGCCCGAGCGGUCCAGCUGAGCCGCGGCAGGCAUAGUGUUAGUUUCCUUCGUCGCAUUCUUCGCCGCUCGAGUGCAUCGGCAAGAUCUGGAAGUAAUCCGCGAUUCGCCGGCGUCGCUCGUUCGCCUAUCUUUCCCAUAUUUCCUUGCCCAAACCGAGGAAGAAGCGCAUCUUCCUUCAGCCUCGUGCUGCUCGCGAUACUUCCUCCAUCGCUGCCGAUCCCGAAGAAAGACCAAAUCGGCCGUCGACGCGAUCCUGUACCUAGGCCUGUAUCAGAGUUCGAGCAGUGAGAAGCAUGAGAAGGCGGCCUGGGAUUGCUGGUCUGCAGAGUGCAGCUGCUUCCCGGGAACAAUAUCGACAAGUUGGUGAAAAUGUUGCUAGGAUCCGGACAGAUCUCAUGAAGGAACAACUUACCACAUUUCGAUCACAACUAGAGGAAUUUGCUCGCAAACACAAGAAUGACAUCCGUAAAAACCCCGUAUUCAGAUCACAAUUCCAUGAGAUGUGUUCCAAAGUCGGAGUUGAUCCCCUAGCCUCGAACAAGGGAUUUUGGGCUGAGUUAUUAGGGAUUGGUGAUUUCUAUUAUGAGCUUGGAGUUCAGAUUGUCGAUAUUUGCUUGUCAACUAGAUCUCACAACGGAGGUUUAAUCAACUUGCAAGAACUAUGUGAUCUCCUUUGUCAAAGGCGGAAGGGUGCUCGCGAGUCAGUUUCUGAAGAUGAUUGCCUUCGUGCUAUAAGCAAGCUAAAGGUCCUUGGUAGUGGUUUUGAAGUUAUAUCAGUUGGCAAGAAAAAACUCGUGCGAUCAGUUCCAACCGAGUUGAACAAAGAUCAUAAUGAAAUACUUGAAGUGGCUCAGGCUCAUGGAUAUGUUACUAUCGAAGAACUUGAGAAGAGACUUUCAUGGUCAUCCGGUCGUGCAAUUGAUGCACUUGAGACUCUUCUAAAAGAAGGCCUUGCCAUGAUCGACGACGGUCAUAAAGAUGGGAAGCGUCGGUAUUGGUUUCCCUGCGUGGCUUCCAUUUUUUCAGCCUCUGGAUUUGAUGGUUUCAAACCAUAAAAUCAUCCAUCACCAAAAGAACAUUCAACCUUGCAAAGUAUAGAAGCUUGCUUCUUCCCCCCUGCUUAAUUGAGAAAUCGACUUCUAGUGGAAACAUGCCAUCUUUUUCUACGGUGUAUAGAUGCUGAAGCUUGCAGCAACAUCAAUUUGGUCAGAAUCUGGAUGGGAGAGCAAGCUAGUUGUACUAUUUGGUCGACUUCCAGCAAAGUUGCUAAUACCAUAUACCAACUUUGCUAUUGACUUGACUCAAGCUAUUCCAACGUUUUUUUGCAUUAUCAAUUGGACCAACUUGCUCCACCCAAACAUUUAAAGAUUGUGUAGCUUCAAUACUGUUGUGUUUGAUGUCCUCUUGAUGAUGCAUGGACUUUGGCGCUUU